GUCAAGGGGGGUUAGCUCUAGGUAGGUGCGAAUGGCUUACUGCUACUGCUACGUUAUCGUGGAUUGGAUUGCCGAAUGACGGGACAGAGAUUCAAACUUUCGUUCUUUUUUUGUUAAGUGACAACUUGCAGAUCUUACUUGCACAUUUACAUACUUUGAAGCUAUAUUUUUUAAGUUUUGGUUUUCUUUUGGUCUAUUUGCAAUUGAGCGUCGCUGGUACGAUUUGAGGGUUUUUUAUAAUUAAAUAGAAUAGAAUUGGGAAACGAUGUCGUUCUUCACAGGAACGACUAAAUUCGUCAACACAUCGCCGAUCCCGGCCACCGCCAGCAACACCGCCACUACGAAGGAAGCAGCGGUGAAAUUACUCCACGAUCACGACUUUUUCUUACGCUGCGAACCACACUAUGUAUCGCAUCGAAGGCUACCCGAUCAGCAAGACGAGGACACGAGCGCUGCUGCAGCUAAGCAAUCAUAUAGACUCCCGCCCAAUCUAGAGCCACUUGGCGAGCCGCCCGUAAAGCUAUACGAGGUAGUCGACCAUGUACCGAAUCCGGUGUGGAGCUCGAGCGUAGUCAGUCGUGAGGAGUUUGUCGACUUUAAGGAGGGUGUUUGGGUUAGGAUUCGGAGUCCGCUUGCCGUGGUUAUGGAGACGAAGUGGAGUAUUAGGGAGAGGCGGAAGGGGAAGGGUGAUGAAAGCGAAGAGGGGGAGUUGGAUUUGGUCGAGGAGGUUGAGAUUACGUGUUCGAAGUUACUGUUGAGUAUUGUGAAGGCUCAGGUGGAUAAUGGGUGGAAGAGAAUUCAUGGCAAGAUUAUUGAGAGACUGGUUGAGGAUACGAAGGAGGGCGGAGGAGAGGGGAAGGGGGAGUAAUGAUGACGAUGGGUGUAUGAAUGAGUUAGAUUUGCUAUAGGUAUGUAUAUGGCACGGUGCGAAUAUACCAUUGAGUUAUUUCAAAUUUUACAGAAGAAGCAUCUGUGAGUAAGUCCAGAAUGAGACGAUCGGAUUUCGUCGUUCACUUGUGAGGUCCCUAGGGGAAUUGGGGGCUUUCAAUGCCAACUACCUAGGUGCGUGAAAUAGGAUUUCGAUCGUCGCUUGGGGGGGAGGCUU